AUGGCUAGGUGGCCGAUCCAAGGGGGUUACGUGAGGGAGGGUACGGAAAUUGGGACGGAUUGGUGGGAAGAGCGUAUGGGGUUGGAGGAAGAGGGAGGACGAUGCAGAGAAAAGCGCGACUUGGAGAUGAAGCUGGAGUUUGGAGAUGGCGAGAUGGCAAGAUGGCAAGAUGGGGAGAGAGAAAUGGAGAAAUGGAGAGAUGAGGAGAUGAGGAGACGAGGAGAUGUGGAGAUGGAGAGAUGA